GGGGGGGGGGUUAUGGUUUGGAAUUCCAAACCAUAAACAGCUGCUUUUAGUCGCUCACGUCGGUUCUCCAGUGAGUGGAUGUUGAUGAAUACGCCGGAGGAGGAGAUUGAUGAUUAUAUGCCUCGCGGAAACAAAACCCAAAUUGCAUCCGUGCGAGUACAAAAAAAAAAAAAAAAUGACGGGCUUCAGCAGGAGCAGCUGCGACCUUCGACCCAACGUGGCGAUAUUCAAAUGCAAAUGAGAGAGAGCGUGACUCACGGGCGUCCUUUAAAAACUCAAACCGCGCGUCUGCUCUGUCCAAGCGACUCCCGUCCGAGGCCCUUUCUGGAGCGGCGGGUGGCGGCCGGCCGGCGGGUGUUCAAGUGCGCCAUGUCCUCGCUGAUGGCUCAACCCUCCGGCGAAGCCACGCAAGCGUUGCCCUCGGUGUCGCCCGGCAUCCAAAGGAGGCACACGCUCCCCGCCAGCGAAGUCCGACCUCUCAACGCGCAGGAUGCCGUCAGUGUGUUUGAGAUUGAGCGAGAAGCAUUCAUCUCUGCGUCAGGCGAGUGUCCACUGCACCUGGAUGAGGUGCGUCACUUCCUCAAUCUGUGUCCGGAAUUUUCCAUGGGCUGGUUCGAGGAGGGCCGACUGGUGGCCUUCAUCAUCGGUUCGCUGUGGGACCGCGACCGGCUCGCCACUGAGGCCCUGACGCUCCACAAGCCGCGCGGCUCCAACGCGCACAUCCACGUGCUGGCGGUCCAUCGCACCUUUCGGCAGCAGGGCAAAGGUCCCAUCCUGAUGUGGCGCUACCUCCAGUACCUGCGCUGCCUGCCCAACGUGCGGCGGGCCGUGCUCAUGUGCGAGGACCACCUGGUCCCUUUCUACCGCAAGAUGGGUUUCAAGGUGCUGGGCCGCUGCGCCGUCACGGUGGGCGCCUUGACCUUCAAGGAGAUGUACUACCCGAUCAGCGGCCACGCCUACAUGAGGCGCAACAGCGAGGCCAUCCGCUUCCCCAACGCUCCCUUGACUUUGCCGCCUGCCCGCGCCAACGACCGGUAGAUGGACGUGUGACAUCAUCGCCCCAC